AACAAUGUUUAUAAGCUUAAUUUUCAAAUCAUAAAACUCCAUCCCCUAAUUAAUUAAAAAAUAGUGAACUAAUUUCAAACAUAGUUCACUGUUAAGCUUGUUUCUAGUGACCUAGUAAUAGUAGAAUUCUGAGUUUGAAAUAUAGUAGGUUUUGAAACUUAUCAAGACCUAAGUUCUUGUGUUAUAUGCAAAAACAUCCAAAAUCUACCUUACUUUUAGUACACAUAUAUAUUCAAAUUUCAAAAUCGUAUAAAAACAAGUAUCUACAUACAAAACCAAAUCACGUGCACAAAUUUGACAUGAAAAAUCAAUAUCAAAGCAUUUCUAGGACCAUGGAGGGUAAAACAAAUAUAUGAAACGAAUGUAUAAUUUACCAUUUUUCUAUUUUAUUGCAUAGGCACACAAUACUUUCAAACAUAGAAAUGUAAACAAACGCAGAGUUAACAAAAUAUUAUGCAAAUCAGCAAGAGGCAGUACACAUUUCAUUAAAGAAAUUGUUGUUCUAAAUUGAUGAAACCCCCAAAAAGUGAAAGAAGAUUUACAGCAAAAUGGGAAAAUGUCACUGUCUUGUGAUUAAAUAAAUAUUAAGCUCAUACAAUAUAAGUAAACACGGUAUUAGAACGCAAAUGUAUGCAUGGAAAAUAUUAAAAAAUAAAAAAGGGGGGGAGUUAAAUAACUUGAAUUGCAAUAUUAAGCUGUAAAAAAGGAAAAAUUACAAGAUGAUGAUGACAAGAACUCUACAACAACAAAGUAAGUACGAAAGGCAGUCUUUUAACACAGAAGGUUAAGCAAAUGAGUGAGAAAAUGGAAAACGUAAGAAUUUUUGUAUGGGUUAUUGACCUUUAGGGGUUUCUUGUUGUAUUGUUGCAAUUAUUAAGUUCUUCUCAGCAAGACUUGGGAACAGUGCUUUUCUCAGAUGAGUCCAAUAGACAAGUCCAACAUGAAACAAAACAACAUCUUCAGAAACCCUAAAAGAAUAUAAUAUAGAGGUGGGGGCAGGGGGGGGGGGGGGGCGCUAAGAGAAUCUCCCUCCUCCUAAGUCCUUUCCCCACAACCCAACCUAAAGGGUCUUUUUAUAAAUCUAAAUGUCAAUUCUAACACCCAAUAUAAUGAUGUUUUAUUUUAUUAUAUGCUUUCUGUCUCAAAGGACUUGGGGUUUUCCUUUCUGUGACAACCCUAUCAGACAAUCAAAUGGGCAUUACCCUGUCUAUGAUUUUCAAUGGGUUUUCUCAAUUCUCAAACAUAUUUACAUUAUUUAUUUAUUGUUUUCUGAGGAAACCUAUGAUGCUUGUUUCCCUCUGACUUUUCUUCCUGCUCACAAACAACACUUCUUAUUUUCAAACAUUUUUUAAUGCAUUUUAUCGUCUUCUGGUUCACCUUUUUCCCCUAAGUGCAUAAAGUUCUGUCUAUUUUGUUUUUAGUUUUCCAGCAUAUAUUUCCUCAGUAUGAUGUGUAUGUAUCACUGUAUCAUAUGAAGGCCAUACCAUAUGAAAAAAACUGUACGUUUUGUAAUAGAAAUGAACCAUCCAACAAGAUUCAGAAUUUUAAGAAUAAUAAUUUUAAUUCAAGCAUACAAGUUUAAUGCUAACCUCUAGAUAUCUCAUAAGCAAAGACAAUGCAAAAUAUACCUCUAUGGUACAAUUAUGUGAUUGUCAACACGUUUUUCAUAGUCUAAAAGUUCCACCCCUGCCCCCCGGGUGUGUGUCUCUGGCCUGCCUAUCCCUAAAGUUGAAAAUCAUUAACUCUCUCUUCAAGAGAGGGACAGGGAAUGACAUGACUAAAGAACGAGAGUGAGCAAAGUCUUAAGUAUAACAUGCCAUCUACUUAAAAUCUGCAUCAAUAAAACAGUGACAUUUUUCUUUUAAAAAAAGGGAAAUGGAAAAGAAAAAACAUUUAGGAAUUAGAAAUAGAAUCCCUCUGUUCUUGAGAUGGAAAGAGAGUAAAUGAUGUGAGAUUGUGGAGUACGAUGGAUAAGUCUUCCCAGAAAUCAUGGGGAGGAAAAAUGGAUGAUUAAACUAUAUGAAGUGAGAAGAAAGAGGAGGUUGAGCGGAGCAAUGUGAUUUAGAGAGAGAGAUUGAGGGUGAUUCGACAAUUAAGAUCAUAGAGUCAAUAACAUGUCACAAUUUUAAAUUCACAAACAAAAAUAUAUCAUUUAGGUAGAAAAAGAGUAAAUAUAUGGAAUAGUUUUCUGGAAUAGGAUAGGACUUUCAAAUGAUAGGCAUAAUAAAAUAAAAGCUUGUGACAUCAAAUCCUUCAAAGAGAUACACUAUUUAACUACAACUUGUGACAUCAUAAAAGCUUAAAAAAAAUACUUUCUUUCUCAUUUGCAAGAAUUUUCAAAAACACUUUUCCAGACAUCUGCUUUAAUUUAUACUAUGAUUGCAAAACUAAAUGCAAUUAUAAUCAAGAUUCAUUGCACAUAUUAUCUGUCAUGACAUCAUUAACAUUUAAGAAUCCAUAAUUUGAUAAGGCACUAUACACAAAUUGGUGUUUCAUGAUUAGAGUCCAGUGAACAAUGUUUAGAGAUGGUCCACAGUCCACACACUGAAGUUAAGAAAAGAUAGGCAUAAUAAAAUAAAGACAGUAACAUAUCCAUGCACAGCUGAUUUCAAUUUCAAAGGUCCUCCCUCCUCCUUUGAAGAUUGAUUCCCAAAUCACAAAGGACACACGCCCAAAUUCUUGGAAUAUGCACAAACUAAAUUCAACUACAGCUUCUGCUAAGCCCCAAACCAAUUUGUUUUUUGAAAAAAAAAAAAAAAAAAGAAAACCAAAGAAAGAGAAAGUUAAGCAGCAUCGCAUUCAUUUGCAUUGGUUUUGAGGUUUUUUUGGUUUGGAUCUUCUUCUUUGGCCCCAUCUCCUCCCCCCUCGAUACCCUCUCAAUCCUUCUCACAGACAUUUUCACAAACACGCGAACUUCGAGACGCACAGCAAGACAAAUCCUAUCUUAGACUUUUUCUCCUUGUUAAUGAAUUUCCAUCAGAUCAAGCUCUCUCUCUCUCUUUCCAUCUCUCAAUCUAAUUGUCAAUUCCAUAUAUAUCAAAGAGGCAUAGAGUUUCAAGUUUCACCUACCAAAUUCCUAAUUACUCUAGGGCUUAAACAUAAACAAUGCAGAAGAAUCACAUACCAGAGCCGAACGAGAAGAGACGGAAGUUCUUAAUCAACGACAAUCUCGACAUUCUGAUUGAAAUCCUCAAGCGGCUAGACGGACCGUCGCUCGGCGUCGCCACAUGCGUCUGCCGGCUCUGGUGCACCAUCGCUCGAAGUGAAUCGGUGUGGGAACAGGUUUGCUUCCGUCAUGUAACAUCGCCGCUUCCGUCGUCGGUGAAAUCGGUGGUGGCCGCUUUGGGAGGGUACAAACGGCUGUACAUGGUUAGUAUCCGGCCGGUGCUGAGUCGACUCGGGUACUCGGACCUGGUGAGGCGAGUUUGGACUCAGGAUGAGGUUCAACUUUCACUCUCUCUGUUUUGUGUGGAUUAUUACGAGCGACUCACUGGGAGUGGGAGAAUCGGCGGCGACGCGUCCGCAUUGUCCCUCAUGUUCCUCUGCAACACCGUCAACGUCUGAUUAAUCUCAGUGGCUUUUUUGAUUCUUUCUCCGCCGUCCGAUCUGUAGACCAAAUCCAUAUAAGAAAAACCAAGCUCGCUCCGGUGAUUUUAGUCAAAAGGAUUAAGAUUAGCCUUAGCCUGGUAUGAAUAUGAAUAUGAAUAUGAAUAUUAUGAUUUUUCUAAUUAUUAUACACCCAUUUUCUUAAAUAAAAAUCACAGAACCAUUAUUUUCUA